CUAUUACGAAAACUAAACUAACGAAUUUUAGAGUACAAAUUGUAUCAUGCAGAAGGUGCUAGGUCACGUGCAAGCGCACGUUCUCCGCACCAAGGCCACAAAUGUAGCUGUGGGGGUUGUGAGGCACGAAGCCACAACGGCAGCCGCUGCACAACCAGCAGUAAAAUUCGCUGCAACAUCUAAAGAGUUUCGCGAGCGCCAAGUACGUUUCAACAUCAAAAACGAACAGACAAAGGGUCGGCCCUUAUAUCUGGAUGCCCAGGCAACAACACCUAUGGAUCCACGUGUGCUGGAUGCCAUGUUGCCCUAUCUAACCAAUUACUAUGGGAAUCCUCACUCUCGCACGCACGCCUAUGGCUGGGAAUCGGAAACAGCUGUGGAGAAGGCACGCGAACAAGUUGCCAAUCUUAUUGGCGCCGAAACGAAGGAGAUUAUAUUCACAUCAGGUGCCACAGAGUCCAAUAACAUUGCCGUCAAGGGUGUGGCACGGUUCUAUGGCACCAAGAAGAAGCAUGUCGUAACCACACAAACGGAACACAAGUGCGUCCUGGACUCUUGCCGAGCACUCGAAAACGAGGGCUUCACAGUCACCUACCUUCCGGUCCAGACCAAUGGUAUCAUCGAUCUGAAGCAGUUGGAGGAGGCCCUCACGCCAGAGACAUCCCUGGUAUCGAUUAUGGCAGUUAACAAUGAGAUUGGCGUGAAGCAGCCCAUCGACGAGAUUGGCAGGCUCUGCAAAUCCCGCAAAGUAUUUUUCCACACUGAUGCGGCCCAGGCCGUGGGAAAGAUCCCCAUGGACGUGAAUUCCAUGAAUAUUGACCUGAUGUCCAUAUCGGGGCAUAAGAUAUACGGACCCAAGGGUGUUGGUGCUCUGUAUGUGCGUCGCAGGCCUCGAGUUCGUUUGGAGCCCAUUCAGAGUGGCGGCGGGCAGGAGCGUGGCCUGCGAAGCGGCACAGUCCCAGCGUCUUUGGCCGUAGGCCUGGGAGCAGCUGCCGAGCUGUCCCAGCAGGAGAUGGAGUACGACAAAAAAUGGAUAGACUUUCUAUCUAACCGCUUAGUGGAUCGACUUUCGAAAGCACUGACACACGUCAUCCGCAACGGGGAUGCUGUGGCCACCUACAAUGGCUGUUUGAAUUUAUCGUUUGCCUAUGUUGAAGGAGAGUCUCUGCUGAUGGCCCUCAAGGAUGUGGCCCUAAGCAGUGGCUCUGCUUGCACAUCGGCCUCCCUAGAGCCAUCCUAUGUGCUGCGAGCCAUUGGCGCCGACGAGGAUUUGGCGCACAGUUCCAUUCGGUUUGGUCUUGGACGCUUCACGACGGUCGAAGAGGUCGACUACACAGCGGACAAGUGCAUCAAGCAUGUGGAGAGGCUGCGCGAGAUGUCGCCGCUCUGGGAAAUGGUCCAAGAGGGCAUAGAUCUCAAGUCCAUACAAUGGUCCCAGCACUAAGUGAAAAAGAGAUCCAAUAUUUUAGCCGUUACUGUUACAAUACAAUACAAUAAUUAUAAAACCCCAAAAUAAAUUAGUUGCAACGCCUUUGGAAAAAA